CUCACAUAUAUAUCCAAAUAAUUAAAAUGUCUGAUUUGAGAUUUGAUAAUAAGGUUGUUGUCAUAACAGGAGCAGGUAGAGGACUAGGAAAAGCUUAUGCCUUAUUUUAUGGGUCUGUUGGAGCCAAAGUAUUAGUAAAUGAUAAUGGUUGUGAUUUAGAUGGAAAGAACACAAAUCCUAAGUUUGCAGAUGAAGUAAUCAAUGUUCUAAAUUUAGGUUGUAGCAACAAUAAAGAGUAAAGGAGGUAUAGCAGUGGCUAACUAUGAUUCUGUGUUGAAUGGUGAUAAAAUCAUUGCACAUGCUAUAAAAGAAUUUGGAAGACUUGAUGUUCUUAUUAAUAAUGCUGGUAUUUUAAGAGAUAAGAUAUUGGCUAAGUUGACAGAAGAAGAUUGGGAUAUUGUCAUUAAAGUAAGAUUAAAGUUUAUAUUAUUUAAGACUCAUCUAUAUGGAACAUAUUCUGUGACUAAGGCUGCUUGGCCAAUCAUGAGAGAUUAAGGUUUUGGAAGAAUAGUUAAUACAUCCAGUGGAUCUGGGUUGUAUGGAACUUUGGGUCAAACAAAUUAUGCAGCUGCAAAGGCAGGAAUAGUUGGACUAACAUUAACAUUAGCAAAGGAAGGGGAAAGAAGAAAUAUAUUGUGUAAUGUUUUAGUUCCAGUUGGAGCAUCUAGGAUGACAGAAACAAUUAUGCCACCUGAUGUAAUGAGUGGAAUUGAUCCAAAUAAUCUCACACCAAUAUGUAUCUAUUUAAUAAUAUUUUUAAGUGGCUAUUUUAACUCAUGAAUCAAAUAAAGAAUAUAAUGGUGGAAUUUAUGAAUGUUCUGGAGGAUUCUUCUCUAGAGUCAGAUGGUAAAGAUCUGAAGGAGUUUCCUUAGAUUUACCUGUUAAAAUUAGUGAAGUAUAAAAGAAUUGGGCAAAAAUUAAUGAUUUUAAUGGAAAGAAUGAAUAUCCAACUGGAAAUGCUGACUUAUUCAAUAAGGUUUAAGAAAAUCUAGAAAGGUUAGAAUAAUAGGCUGCCUAAAAACCAAAGUUAUGAGUUUAGAAUUUACAUUAUUAAUAUCAAUAAUAUAU